UGCGCAGUGCAUUGUGGGCCAAAUGGUUUGCUGCGGCCCCGGGGCUCUUUGAGGGCUGGCAGAGAGUGUUCCGAGGAGCUGCGGCUUUGGAAGGAAGCGACAGUUUAAUCCAGGCUUGGGUGGUCAGUGGGUGCGCUGUGAAGGGGCCCAGCUACUGGCAGGGCUGCUUUUCCUGGUGGGUCUCAUGUCACACCGUUGUUAGGUUCCACUUUCUGGGAUUCUGAGUCCUGAGGAGAGAGGGAAGAUGGUGUUUCCCUUUGCUCGAGAAUCCAGAGCUCGACCGUCUCGGUUGGGACCCUCUCGCCACCCAGCAGUUCCUGAAGGUGGCUGUUUGUUGAGCACCCUGCUGAGACCUGAAGAACACGCUGCAAACAAGUGAAGGUAGUUGGAGUCGUAGUUGAAGUCCCCUAGCAAUGGAUAAAUUCGUCAUCCGAACGCCUAGAAUCCAGAAUAGUCCUCAGAAGAAAGAUCCUGGAGAAAAGAUUUACAAGCAGGCCACGAUUGAAUCUUUGAAGAGAGUUGUGGUUAUAGAAGACAUAAAAAGAUGGAAAACUAUGUUGGAGCUUCCUGAUCAAACAAAGGAAAAUCUAGUUGAAGCCUUACAAGAAUUAAAGAAGAAAAUACCCUCCAGAGAAGUGUUAAAGUCAACAAGGAUAGGUCGCACUGUGAACAAGAUGCGUCAACACUCAGAUUCAGAAGUGGCUAGUCUUGCCAGAGAAGUUUACACUGGGUGGAGAACUUUCAUUGAAAAACAUUUGGAUAGACCUUCUAUUGAAGUCCGAAGUGAUCCCAAAACCGAGACAUUCAGGAAGAAUGCCCAAAAAUUACUCUCAGAGGCUUUGGAAUUAGAGAUGGAUCACCUACUGGUUGAAAAUAUUGAGCGGGAAACGUUUCAUCUCUGCUCCCGCCUCAUUAAUGGGCCAUACCGGCGGACGGUGAGAGCCCUGGUCUUCACAUUAAAGCACCGAGCUGAAAUCCGGGCUCAGGUGAAGAACGGCUCACUGCCAGUCGGCACGUUUGUACAGACCCAUAAAAAGUGACCUGAGGAUGCAUGGGCUGGGCAGAAAGGAAAAUGGGCCUCUCUGUGCCAUUCAAAGACUCUUUUGAGUUUGGGUGAUGGCUGAUGCUUGCUGUGCUAAAUUUUCCCAUGGUGCCAUUCCUCCAGACGGGAGAUGCAGAGAGCCCUGCGAGACAGGCCUGCAGGAGAUGCUUCAUUAGCUGGAGUGCACCAGUGCUGCCUAACAGAAUGGACACUGGCUGUUACUGGGAAGCACCGUACAGUUGCCAUCACCCAGCACAGUGACAGGGUGACAGAUUUCACUGUCAAUAUGCCAAGGACACCUCUAAACUUCCCCCAUGUCAGGCAGAUGAAGUUACUGCUUUAUUUCGCCACCUGCAGGUAACUGAAACUCAAUUACCGCUGCUGUUCACGCGGUUCCAUCCCCCUGAGUUUAGAUAGCUCCGGUGCCUCUCAGAACUCCCCUGCUGGAGCCAGCCAGCUACCCCUUCUUUCCAGAACUCACUUAUCUAAAUGUUUCAGCUCUCUCUGGAAGACCUUCUGCAUUGGUCUUCGGAGCCCCCAUGCUGAGGCUUCUGAUGAGCCGCUGGCUUGACGAGGGCCCAUACCUUGGGCUUAUUUGAAUACUGCUCCUCCAUUUAGGGCUCUGUAGAAGAUAGAUAAUAAGAUUUCUCUUGAAAUGAAUUACUGUAGUAGAAAAAAUACAUAUAUAUAUUUAAAAUGAAAUACCUCUAUACGGGCCUCCUUGAACCAUUGUGUAAAUGAUAUUUGCUUUUAAAAAAUAAUAAUAAACUGGGACUUUUUUCCCCUAAACAAAACAUAUGGCUUGUUCAUUGAAAAGCGGGGUUGA